GCGCGUUGCUGCAUUGCAGCGGUCGUAGAUCCUCGAUUGGAUCCUUCUCGAGCAGUCCUUCGACGUCUUCGCGAUACUCUAGAUCUCGCAACGUGUGUGAUUCAAGUCGCACGGCUGUGUACACGCUGUGUCUAGUGUGUUGUGUCGUGACUCUCGCGUGUCGGUCCAGUGCACGUGUAUCGAUAGACGACGCUCGAGGAGCUCACCGUUUAUGUUUCCGCAGACUGUCGCUAAGAUACAAAUCAUAUAUCGAUAAAUGCAUAGUGUUCAUUCAGUGUUGUAUUAUGCGCGCGAGUUUUUGCGAGGCGUCCGUGCAUGUCCGGGUCACGCACAUCUGAAAAUACGCACCUAAAAGCGACGUCGGCCCGGUUGCCGGGCAGAUAUUUCUAUCUACUAUUAUUAUUGGGCUUGCCACACACACAAUCGGUGAUCUGAUCUCGUUGAUAUACGAUCCAUCGAUGUCGUUGAUAUCCCGUCGAUCUACUGUGACGUAGUAAUCCAUACGAGGGCGAGGUUUGAGAAUCACGGCGGUGAUAUUGAAUAGAAUUCUGGAAAUCGUGCGAUAUAUAUUCGCUCGACCUCCGUCGCUGUUUUGCCGCACGUCUCUGUAUUUUCAGGAAUUAAACAGAUCAUUUUAUCGAGUUCUUCUGGCACAUUCGUGUACUAUAAAUAAUAUUUUGCGAUCGGGCUUUUCUCCUCGUCUUUCUAUCGUGCAAGGCAAACCCAUCACCCAUUCGCUGAGUGUUCUUUAUUUUUGUCAUUGUUAUUUGUAUAUUCUGAGAGUUCACCUGCAACAAUAUCGCAAAAAGAACUUUUACUAAUUCUUACUAUCGAUUACCUAAUCGUAUCUUCCUUUAAUAAUUAUUAAUUCUUCUAUUAGUUCGUCAUGUUAGUAAAUCGUUUUUUGCACUAUUUUUUUUACUACUGUUAGCCGAUUCAUUUUUGUUAUUAAGAAUAAUAUAAUUUGCUGAGAUUCUUUUAUAUAAGAGUGAGUGAGAGAAAAAGAGAAAACCGUUAAAGUAUAUACAAGAUAGUCUCUAUAAAUAAUAUAUUUUAAUAUAAUUACUUUUUAUAUUCUUGCAUUGAGUGGAGAAUAAGUCGGCAUCACCGCCGUUUUCUUCCCGCUUUUAAUCGUUCUUCCGUCUUCCAGUUACUCUUAUUUCUCGAAAUAAAACUACUCGCGCUGUUUAAAAGAUCCAUUACACUUCUGGUUUUCUAGAAGUGGACGAGAUUUUCACAUUUAUCUUUUCUCCUCUAACAACACCGCCAAUUAACAAAAUGACCGGCCGCGAUCCUUAAUCAUUCUCGAUGACCCGAUAAUAGAUCUUUCUAAAGACCGCGAAAGGCCUUUCGGAAUCGCUUUUUGGCGAGAUAAAAUCUUACAGUGCUGUUUCUGAAAAAGUCCUCGAAAAAGACCGAUCGUGUUCACUCGCGCCGGCGACAUAGGAACGACGUCCGAUGGUAUUCAAAUCAUCGCGGCUCCCAGGACGCGAAGAUGGAAAAUUCAGAGCUUUCUGCAUACGCUCAUUCUUCUCACAGUCGGAAUCCAUCGCCGGCUGAAUUUACCUUAUCGCCAAGGUGCUCAUAAGGAAUCGUAGCCGACGCGUUUAGUCACGGUAUCCCGACAAAACGAAGACUUUGCCAUCCUGUGCAAACUCUUUUCCCGCAGUAGAGGUAUUCGUAUUCCCUUUUCUUCCCUCUCUUUCGCAGGGACGGAUUUUAACUUCACGCAAUCCGAGGCUACGAAUCUGGAUGGCUUAAAAUUCUGAGGGAUAUUAGAGCUGUCGUCGUGUUUUUCUUUGUUGAAAGCACAAUAUGCCUUGGCAAGAUCGACGGAUAUUCCGGGAAAAAAAUUCAUUUAGCUCUCCUUUAUCCUCGAUGGUUACGGCUUUGAAGUAAGGUCAAGCUUCGUUAGCUUCCGCAUAGGUCGUUGCCGGUAUUUCCGACACGCUUGCGUUCAGUGUGUAUGUGACUCCCGGGUCGUGAGGCGUUUCCGAGUAUUUUCAGGUUUGGGUUGGCAACACACGUGGAGGACCCCCGAGUGCGUGGGGUCCCUCACGUGUGCGCUCGCAUUUUGCGGAACAUCUCGUCGUCGAGACGAGGGUGGAAAGAGAAGAGAAGAGGAGAGAGAAGAGAAGAGGAGAGGUUAGGUUCGGCCGGGGCUGCCGAUACCCGGCGGAGAGACUUUCCAGGGGAACGUGGAAGGAACUCCAGCCAAGAGAUCGCCGAGAAGCUUUUAAUCUGCCGAGAGAUUUGGACUUUGGCCAGCGGACGCGCGGCUCGUAACGUGUAGUGGUGGUGACGCUCGUGCGGUAACGCGCGCACGUACAUAUAUACGCGCGCGACCGUGAUUGCGCGAGGAGAAUGUAAUUAGUGACGGGACGUUGCUGUUGAUCCUUCGUAGUGGUCGUCGGUACUGCCGGCCCGUCGCCCGCAACGGUAUUCCGGACCGUUUCCAAACGUCGUCCACGAACCGUGGCCGUGCUGGCUGUCCCGCUUAAGGAAAGGGAGUCGUUGUCUCCCUCCCUGGAGCGCGUUUUACGCGUGAUUAAGCUCGACGCUUAAGCGAAGGCGCAGCAUCGCCGCCGUGGCCGUCCUCGUCGUCGUCGUCACCACCACUGUCCCCGGAGGAAAACAUCGUGGCGUUUCGGUGACAAUUCGAUAUUAUCAACGCGGACGACUCGCUAGCUGAGUGUCAGACGGCAGACGUCGUCGCGUGGUGUUCCCCGCGAGUGAUCGUGAAUGAUCUCAGUGGUGUGACUGUGUGGCUCAGUCAGUGUGUCGAUGUGCCCGCGGCACAACCGUGAAGGAAACACCGGCCGCGGCAGCUAGACCACACGCGCAUUACGAUGGCCAGCGCGACGAUGAUGGGUCUGCGUCGCAGAGCGCCGGUGAACAACUCGCCGACUCCCUCGAGCCAGUCGCCGUCCACGGCCGGCACGUCGUCCAGCAAGCGCUCGAGAAGCGAGAACAACAACAGCCCGUCCCACGGCAAUCUGAACUCGAUGAACGGCGGGCCGCGAGACGAGCCGCCGGCGAAGAAGUCCCGCGGGACUUCGACGAGCGCAGCGAAGGGUAGCUCGUCAUCUUGCCCCUCCGCGUCCCUCGCAUCCACUACUUGCCCGAUGUCCUCCUCUUCCGCCACCGCGUCCUCCUCUUCCUCGAUCACGAGUACUCCGGUCGAUAACCAGACCUCGAGGAGUCGCGGAACUUCCGUCUCGAGAUCGGCCACUCAGACGAAGUCGUCGUCUACGUCGACUGCCGCCACCUCGGCAGCGACCGAUAUAUCGAACGGUUCGGUGCUCUCCGCCAACAGCUGGCCGACCACGUCGGACGUGGCGUCCUACGCUUCCGUGACCGGGCUGGGCAUGACGGGUGGACAGACGGCUGGCCUCUGCGCCGGAAGCCUCGGCAUGCCUCCUACACCGAUACCCUACAUGGCGACCUCCAUGGCGACCUUUGUCGGCAACGCCACGAAUCUCAGCAAGAGCUCGUCCGUCUCGUACCUCGACAUCUCCAACAUGACCGGCGGCUCCUUGGCGUCCGCGAACUCUCUGAACGGCGGCGGAUACCCCGGCAACGGCGCCGCGGUAGACACGAAGAACGGUAUGGCCAUGCCUUACUCGGGGAUACCGCCCUCGAGCGUGAACAAUGGCAAUGUCAGCGGCAGCGGCGGCGUUGCUUCUUACGGAGGCAUGCCGAAAGGACAAGCGCCGAGUGGUGGCGCCGACGGUAACUCCUCGGCGAGGAAGUUCCAAAACGACACAAUGUUCAACGCUUAUCAGCCGUGGGUGAUCAAGACGUACGGCGAUCUGGCCAAGACGAAGACGAUCACGAUCAAGAAGUACGCGCGCAUUCUCAGGACGUUGCGGGGCGAGGAGGUGAACAGCGCGGAGAACAGCAAGUUUCGCUUCUGGGUCAAGAGCAAGGGUUUCCACAUUGGCCAGCCGGAAGGUUACGACGCGAAACCGGCCGACAGGAUUAUCGGACGUCACGCCGUCACGAACCCGGGAUUGGAUCCGCCGCUCUACGUGCCCACGCAGCUGCCGCACAACAAGGCGUUGAACGGUGCUGAGGGUACAGUGCCGCCUGGAAGAGUGUACAAGAAGGUCGCGAUCGUGGAAAACUUCUUCGACAUCAUCCAUGCUGUGCACGUCGAUCUCGAGGGUCGCCCUGGGAAGCAUGCCGGUCAGAAGCGCACUUACAGAACGAUCACAGAGACGUACGCGUUCCUGCCGCGAGAAGCGGUGACGCGGUUUCUACUGGGUUGCACAGAGUGCCAGCGCCGUCCACGGACGCCGAGUCCGACGAACCUCUCGAGUCAGCCUCAGUCCACGGCGUCGACGACGACGACGACGUUGACGUCGACGGUGACUCCGUUGAGUCCUAACCCAACGGCUGGCGGCAACACGACUGCUCUCGCGGCCUCGUCGGCCACGUCGGUGCAGAGCAGUCCAAAGUUGCGCGACAAUAACCAUCACGCCACGGCGUCGGACGGCAAGAAUCUGCACAGCUAUAGGCAUCAGAAGCAACACAAGAACAGCAUCGCGACAGAGAAACCCGACAAGGACAAAGAAGAGAAGUACAAUCCGCUGAGCAUUACAAAUCUACUGAAGAAGGAACCGGUGAACGGUGUCUUCCUGCCGGACACUCUACCGGACUCGAGAAGAACGCCCGAGUCGGACCGAGCGAGCUCAAAGAGCUCCGCGUCGUCCAAGAGAAAGCGGAUGCUGCCGGAGGGACGGACGCCUUCGCCGCAACCGAAUCAGCCGUUGCCGAGGCCCUGGAGUCCCGGCUUGGAUACCAAGAAUACACCCAUUGACUACAGCCGACCUAUCACCACGUCGUACUUGAAGCACCAGCAGAGGAUGCUCCAGGCGGAGAAGAGCAAGGCCGCAGCGACGGCGGCAGCGGUGGCGAGCGCGCUCCUGAAUCCUAUCGAGAACGACCCGAGGUACGCCGCGACACCGCUCGUCGACGAGAUGGAGAACGCCGAGCGGGAGAGGUUCUCGCCGGCUACCGGUUUGAUCGACACCAACCUCAACCUACUGGCGACCAUCCAACACCUGCACUGCCAAGUGAUGCUGGCGCUGACCGAGCGCCUGCGACCGUCGAUGCCAGUUCCGGCCCCGUUGAUGCUACCGCCGACGCCGGCGAGCGUCCUCGCAGUCGCCCCGAUGAUGAUCGGCACGGAAGUGUCGGUGCAGACGGGCGAGAAUCACUCGUGAGGCGAGCGGCGUUGAGAGGAAGAACGCUCCAGUCUUGAGUGACUCUUCAUUGAGAAAGAGAGAGAGAGAGGUCUGCGUGUGCGCACGCUGCGCACUGUUGCCGAGACUACGAUUGUGAUCAAGGUGAAAAAUCGCAUUUCACAUCACGACCGACGUGUUAUUUCGCGUCGAUAGUAAAAUAAUAAUAAUAACAAUAAAAUAGUAAUAAUAAUGCACGGCUGCUCGAGUAGUGUGGCCCAUCGAUCGUAACCUUCCCCGGCACUUCCCCGGAAAAGCGCGACGGAGCAAUGCGCGCUCGUCCCGCUCGAGCCUUGGCACCUCGCGGAGAAACCUCGAAGAAGCCGCGCGGAAAAGAGAAAAGAAAUUCCCACCGUUCUCUCGCUCACACGAUCGCGACUCGAAGUCUCCUGCGCCGCGUGGGUCGGGAGGUCGCGGCUGUUAAUUCCACGGCUAUAACUCGCUCCCUCGAAAUAUAUAUGUCCGAGUGACGCGAGCGUUUGCGGCGACCCGGCGACUCACAGCCCGCGGGCUCGUCUUCCCGAGCGUGAGCGAAGCGACAGAUAGACGCAAUUACAUAUUGAACCGGACGGGAUCGAUUAUUGUCGUCGUGCUCGUGUCACACAUUUCAUCCGCGCGGCUCGGCCCGGUUGCUUGCGUCCGACGUCGGCCGGCGCCCGAUAUAGACGAGCCAAGCGGGCGGAAUAAUUCCCGAGUCUGUCGAAAUACGGGUCGAUGUGUCAGGGAUUCGCGCGCGGCGCUUCCUAUGUCCGAUAUUUAGGGAUCCGUUGCGAGCGGGAUCGCGCGAUCCGGCCGGCGAAAACUCGGCCGAUCGAUUCAUCCGUGUGUGUGUGUGUGUGUGUGUGUGUGUGUGUAUGUGUGUGCCAGGAGGUGGGGAAGGGCAAAAGCGACACAGUCCGCGCGGCGACACCGCGAAGGUCUUGAAUAUUCAACGAGCCGGUCAGAAAGGGACGCGGAGAGCGAAAGAGAACGAGGAGGGGGACGAAAGAGAGAGAGAGAGAGAGAGAGAGAGAGAGAGAGAGAGAGAGGGAGAGAGAAAGGGGUUUUAGGAACGAGAGAGGACGGCUGAUAGGAAGAUAACCGAGCUCUCGUUUCCGAGUGUCAUCCGAUGGAUUCGACAACGGAUUCGGGACCCUGUGACGAUGGCAGUUGUCUUGUCGCGUUCCGCUAAUUACGGCCAGUCCAAGAAUGGACAGAAAUUAGAAAUUUCUUCGCAGGUAGGUUGCUCGGCGACCUCAUACUCCUUCGCUCUCCGCGGAAACGUCCAGUCGCUCACUAGUUUUGUGAGCAGUGAGUCGCAAGGAAAAAAAAGUUCCGCGGGGCAGAUCGAUAAAUAUGCGUCGGGUCGAUUGUUAGAAUACAAAUGGGCAUUGUUUGAACGGAGGGAAUCGCGAUCGAUCUGGAUGUACCUAUCGCGUGGACGUCGGCGGAAGAGAUAAAAAUUUUCCACGGCGCGCACGCGCGCGAGAGCAAAGGACGGAGAAAUGCCUCGUCUUGUUUUCCGCGCGCAGAAUUUUGCCAGCCGCUCAUCAGUUUGAGCAGCAGAAAAAAGAGAUCCACGAGGCAAAUCGAUAGUGUCGGGUCGAUCGUUAGAAUAUAAAUGGGCAUUGUUUCAAUAGAGGGAACGAUCGAUCGGGAUGUAUCCAUCGUGGAUGUUGGCGGAAAAUGAAAAUUUUCCGCGGUGAACGCGCGCAUGAGAGCGCAGGACGGAGCAAUGCGCGUCUCGUCUUCCUGUUCAAAUUUCGCCGGUCACUCAUCAGUUUUGAGCAGCGAGUCGCAAAAAACAGUUCAGCAGGACAAAUCGAUAAGUGUGCGUCGGCAAAAUAUCGAUCGUUAAAAUACACUGAGAAAAAAUGUCUGGUAUUUGUAACUAAUAUAUAUAUAUAUAUAUAUAUAUAUAUAUAUAUAUAUAUAUAUAUAUACAUAGAGAAAUAAUUGCCACUAAUUAUUUUAUCAAUGAUCAAGAAGAUCAUUUCUUUAAUUAAAUUCCACUUGUUAGAUCAACCAUUCCUUUUUCUCUCAGAAUGUACAAACGGGCAUUGUUCUAACAGGAGGAGAGCCGCGUUUGCAAUCAAUAGGCGUGUAUGUCGGUGGAAAAUGAAAAAUUUUCCGCGGUGAGAGCGCUCGCACCGCAAUGGACGAGCGAGUGUCUCUCGUCUGUUUGUCCGCGCGGCGGAUUUUGUUUUCGCGCGUAAUCUCGGGAGUAAUGUCGGUUAAUGCGCGAUCAGGUAACGUCUCAUUGACGGGAAAAGGGCCGCUGAAUCUAGCCGGCGUCUCAUCCUACCUUGUAAUCGUAAUAAUGUUAUCGCGCGUAAUUACACGCAACGCGGGAUAUCGGAGUCGCGCGUCCGCGACCCGUCCCGUCUCAUCUCUCGUAUCGUUUCGUCUCGUUGCGUCUCGCGAAACCGGUCGAUCCGGUGUUAUUCGCGCGUCAGCUUCCCUCGUUACAUUGUAUCAACUAUCGUAUUAUUGGCGCGAUCGAUGCCGCGACUUUUUGGCGUUAUCGCGGCGCGGCCGCGUAAUCGAGCUCGUUAUUCCCGACGGGGGAAUAACCUUCGAAUUAAGGCUACGUGGAUCGUUAAUGAUUGCAUUAGACUUUACAUUUUAGACAAAAUUAUUCUUUCUUUCUCCUCUUUCCCUCAUUAUUCGUAGUUUAAUUUUUUUUUCCAUUUACUUUAUAAGGGGAUAAAUUGUCUUCGACUUUUUUUUCUCAGUCUGGAUCUAAAGCGAGCCAUUUUCUUUCGGACUCAAUUUACCUUUUCCCAAAUAUGCGUGAUGUUAAGUCUUUAAUGUUAGACGGCUCGUACAAAUUUGUCGGUAAAAGAGGAAAACGAAAUCCGAUCGGAGAACGUGGCGAUUCGACGACAAACGCGAGAGCACGUUGACGUUUCUCCCUUGUUUCUUGGAAAUUAAUCGCGCGGGCGAUUCUCCGAUGGGUCCGCGAAAUAACUUGUUCAGUUGAGCGAUCGCCGGACUCGACGCCGGUUGUAUACCAAAGGCAGUAUCAUACACUUGGAGCUCUCGAGCCGGAGAGCAGGGCUACAGAGUGAUCGUUGUGAUGCGAAUUGAUCGUGAUUUCGAGUCGAUCGUUUCGGCGGGGUCCGCGAUGCGGUCCUCGUGCGGUGAAACCCAUUUUCGUAUUUGAUUGUGUACGUAGCCUAGCCUCGUCUACGAUAUUACUCAAAGUAGCUCGUUCUUCGUGUACGAUAUAGCGUCGUUUAGACACCGGAGGAGAGGUAAAAGGGAGAGAUAAAGGGCGAGGAUUGAAGAGAGGACACGCCGAGAUGACACGCGAUAGGCCUUAAGGUGUGCUUGCACAGAAAGAAAAUGUUUUUACUAGAAGUUCGAUAAUAUCGUCGUGAAAGUAGAGACCGAAAGUUGCAAAAAUCCUCGAGAGCGCGUCUCGAUAUAUUAUUUUGUACAUAAUCGUUGUACCAUAGAUUGCGUACGAGCUAUACUGGAUAGAACGCGUGAUUAAUAUUAUUAUCGAGCGAUUGUUCUUUUAUCACUGUAUCAUCAUUGUUGCGUUAUAUUUUACUAUCAUGAUCAGUAGGUAAUUAUUUUUAUCACAAUCUUAUUGCUAUUAUUAUUAUUAUUAUUACUAUAAUUAAUUAUUAUUGUAUUAAUUAUUAAUAUUAUAUUUAAAAAUCACGCACCAGCCAGAUGUGGGAAAAAUAUAAAGUUGAAAUAUUCGAGAGAA